AUGGAACCAAUUGAACCUUUGUACGAAACAACAUAUUAUCAAGAACAAAUAGAACUUGAUAAAGAAGUUGAAAGUAACAUAAAUAUUCUUAUAGGCCUAUUUUCGAAUGGAGCUGGAAGUCUUAACUCAAUACAAUAUCCUCUGCUAAGUCAACCUUUGGAAUUGUCUGUUGGUGCACAAUUUAGUUCUUGGGAAAUUGCUGAACAUUAUAUAAAAGAGUAUGAAAAGCAGAAGAGUUUAAGAUCAGGCCAAUCAGCAAGAUUUAAACCUGGUACUCAAUUAACAAAUACUGAUUCAAAUAAUGUUGUAAAAUUAUCAGAUGGAUGUGUAUAUGAUGUUGAUGAUAUUAAAGAUUCAUUAGUACAUCAUGGUAAAGAGUAG